AACUGAAAGGAAUUAUACGACUAUUAUUACUCCAGCUUAACCUUACUUUUCGUCCCGCUCGUGAAGAUUACGUGUGAAAAUCGUUUGUAUUAUCAUGGAGGACGUGAAUAACGCGAUCGUUCAAAAUUUGGAUGAGGAAGAUGAGUCCAAGGCGGUGAUGCUGUUCGGCCGAGACAUCAGGAAGAUUCCCUGUUUCAAGCAUAGUAUGCUAUUCGGCAUCUACAGCGGUCUCGCGGCCGGCCUGGGCACCUUCAUGUUCACCAGUCGCGUGAAACUGUCGACGAACGUCGCCCUGGGAUCCUACAUGGGCGUUACCGUGGUUUACUGGUUCUACUGCCGAUACAACUACACGAUGGAAAAGCAUGAAAUGCAGAACCUGCAAAAUAUUAUUCGGCAAAAGUCGAUCAACGCCGUGAAGAAGGACAAGGAAACCGUUUAGGAACAUCAGAGAAAACUGGUUGACACAUGAAAAGUGUUCGUCUGUCGCUAAAGACUUUUAAAAUGAUAUACGACAACAAGAGAUGCAUUGUCAUAGCAAU